AUGGCGCCGUGGCUUAGUUGGUUAAAGCGCCUGUCUAGUAAACAGGAGAUCGAGGGUUCGAAUCCCUCCGGAGCCUUUGAUGAAGCAAUUGAUUUAGUUAAGUUGCUUCUACAUUUUUUUUUUUUUUUUUUUUUUCAUUUUUCAAAUAUUUUAUCAAUUUUUCUAUUUAAAUAAUUGAAGUAUUACUUUUUUCGCACAACAGUAAUUAAUAAUUAAUACAUAUAUUUGCGUGUUAAAUUUAUUUCUUUGAUUUUAUUUAAAUUUAUUUCUAUUCGUAUAUUUCUUUAAUAUAAACAUAUAUAUGUAUACUUUAAACAUUUACAUAUAAAGAGAUAUGUUCAUACAUAAUAUAAGUUCAUAAUUUACAAAAUUCUUGCUUAUAUAAAAUCAUAUAUAUUAUUAUAGAUAAAAAAAAAAUAUAAAAUAUAUAUUACAAAACACAAUAGGUUACAUAUUUAUAUUAUCCGCAUUAUAAAAUAAUAGUAAAGGAUGGAAAGCUUUACGUUUUUAUAUUAUCUUUGUUAUUUGUCAUUUUUAGCAAUUAUUAUAACUCUGAAUAAUCAACUUUACGUGACAGUGCUGCCACACGUGUGUAAUACUGAAGAGUUGGCUGUCUUGCGCGCCAAAUACUCCAGUGAAGGAACUUCGUUGUUGUCGUCAAGUGUAGCGCGUCGUGUUAUAACCUUGUUUUCCACGAAAAUGAGUUCGCAUACGGAUCCACUUCGUUUAAACGAAGAACGUUUGUUUCUAGAUUUGAUGGACAGUUUGCCGAAAGAUAUUAAGGAUACGAGGAACAUUUUAGAAAUACGUGACAACGUGCUCUACGUAUGGAAUGCAAAAGAGUAUUGUGUCAUGACAUUAAACGUUACGGCGACGCGUGGUGAAAACGGAAAUGUUCCUUAUCAAAAUAUGGCACAACCAAAUGAAAAUCCAAUCGUCAACGAAUUUAACGCAUUAAACGUUCCCUUUUCAUCGAUCCCACUAGCACGUUCACAAUUACACUACACUCUUGUCGCUGGUGAAAAUCCUGAUCGUUAA